UCGCUAGUUUGAAAAUCUAAAUGUAAGAGGUCCAAAUGUCAAAAUUCGACGAGGAACCAAAAGACAGUUUGUCAACCAGUAAGAGCUUAUCCUCUCUUUCUGCUGACUCCACUGAAAGUGAUACGGAACGACGUUUCAUGAAAUUAUUCAGAACUAAAAGUGGAGUUGAAAAACUUUUUGAGCUGCAGAAAGAGUAUGGCAUAGACAACCUGAGUAGAGAUAGAUCAGGCAGCAGUUUCGAUAAAAAUGACCCAAUGGAGCUAGAAGCAAGGUCAACUAUCUUCAAGAAACCGAGAACGGGAUUGUCGAAGAAUUUUGCUGCAUUGUACAUGAUCGCAUCGUUCUGCGGAAAUGGCGUGACUUAUCUGCCUUAUGCUAUGAAAUUGUCAGGUUUCGUUGGAUAUAUGAUGUUUUUACUUGUUGGAAUGAAUUCUCUUUACUGUGGUUUACUGAUUGGCAGGUGCCGAAUGAUAGUACAAGAGCAAUGGCCAGAGUACAAAGACAACCUUCCUUCACCUUAUCCUAAAAUAGGUCUAAAAGCUGUAGGAAAAUGGAUGGAGUAUGUUGUGAUCAUUGUCAUGAAUAUGGCUAUAUUCGAUUGGAGCACGGUGUUAAUAAGCAAUAUGGCCAGCAUGCUAGAUGAAAGUACUCCAGAGCAGCUGAAGUUUUGUAUUACCCUUCUCGUAGCCGGUGCUGUUUUGUUGCCUUUCUCAAUGCUUGGAUCACUAAAAGACUUGUGGUUAAUCGUUUUAAGCAAUACAUUUAUAAUGGCCCUUUUCUCCUUCCUCUUGAUCACUGCCAUAUUCAUCGAUAAAGAUACUUAUGGACAGGCGGACUAUUCACUACAUCAUCAAGGGCAGGAAGUUGCAUCAGCGUUUGGAAUGAUAACAUUUAUCGUGAGCUCUUCAGGGACCUAUCCUAUAAUUCACGAUGAAAUGAUUAACAGGAAUCUUUAUUCUCAGUCUGUGGUCGAGAGUCAUAUCAUUGUUGGUAUCAUGUAUGCACCACUACCUCUGAUUGGAUAUGCAGCUUAUGGGAUAAAUGUUAAUCCCAAUAUCCUUCAAAAUUUGUAUGGAAAUCAUAAAAUGCACGCCUUAGCCACUUUUCUGAAAUUUCUUUUUGUUUUAAAAAUGAUGGCAACAUUCCUUGUAAGUCUGAACCCCUUAUUUAAAAAUUUGGAGAGUCUCUUACAAGUUCCACCCAGUGAGUUUUUCUUGUUUUCUUCAUAA